AUGGUCCUAUAUAUAAUUGGUUUGGGCCUUACUGGCACAGAUAUAAGUCUUAAUGGAUUGGAAAUAUUGAAAAAUUGCAAACAUAUAUACUUGGAAUCUUACACAUCUAUCCUUAUGGACUCUGACACCAACCAAUUGGAAUCACUUAUUGGUAAAACAGUAAUUAUAGUGGAUCGUUAUUUUGUAGAAAUGAAAUUUGAAUCAAUUUUACAAGAUUCAAUCCUUAACAAUAUAGCGUUAUUGAUUGUUGGAGAUGUAUUUGCUGCUACAACUCAUACUGAUUUAUAUUUACGGGGUAUAAAACAAGGAAUUCCUAUUAAAAUAGUACACAAUAUCAGUAUAAUCAAUGCAAUAUCGGUUACAGGGCUACAGUUAUAUAGAUUUGGACAAAUUGUUAGUAUACCUUUUUUUGAAGAAUCGUGGAAGCCAACUAGUUUCGUGGAUAAAAUCAUCGAAAAUAUCAAAAUAAAUUGUCACACAUUAUGUCUUUUGGAUAUUAAGGUUAAAGAACAGACAUUGGAGAAUUUAAUGAAGGGGAAUAAGACAUACGAACCACCUAGAUAUAUGACCAUAAACACAGCAAUCAAGCAAUUGCUAGAAUUAACAAACACUGAUGUCUUAGGAGAUAAUACAUUAGCCAUUGGUGUCGCUAGGUUGGGUAGUAAAACUCAAAAAAUCGUUUCCGGGACGUUAAAAGAACUUGAAAGUAUAGAUUUUGGCGCGCCAUUACAUUCACUGGUCAUCUGUGCCCCAAAACUCCAUGAUCUUGAAAGCGAAUUUUUUCAGUUGUAUCGGGAUGUCAAUUGUGAUAUUAACUUUUAA